AUGAAAAUUGCUGCUCAAACUGCUCAGAUACCUAUCAAUAUUGGAUGUUUCGCUCAUACGCUUCACCUAGCGUCUGGAAGGGCUUUGGAUCUGAAAGAGGUUCACCAAGUACUGGCUAAGAUGAGAUCCGUUGUUUCUUUAAUGCAUAGAAGCACCACUGCAUCAGCUCUCCUAAAUAAAAAGCAAAAGAUGCUGCAACUCCCAGAGAAUAAAUUGCUCAUCGAUGUCAGAACCAGUUGGAACUCUAGCUACCUAAUGGUGGAAAGGUUCUUAGAGCAACAAGUAACCAUUCUUGCAACACUCACUGAUGAUACCAUCAGAAAACAACCUGAAGCCAAGUUAAUUCAGGCAAACUGCGUACUUCCAAAUGAAGUACGCCAUUGUGAGGACUUCUUGAGUCUUAUGGAACCAUUGUAUCAAGCUACUGUGUCUCUUUCGGCUGAUCACUAUCCCACAGUUGGGCUGAUGUUACCGGUACUUAAGAAACUGAAAGGUGUAUACCUUCCAGAGGACAGUGACACUCCCUUCAAGCAGAAAAUAAAGCAAGCUAUUCUCAAAGACUUGGAGAAAAGGUACUUGGGUGAAAAUUUGGUGGAGUAUCUUGAAGAGGCAACUGUGCUAGAUCCAAGAGUGAAAGGAAAAGCUCCCCCUGCUGCAUGGGAAAGACUUCGUGAUAAAUUGAUUGCCUUACCUGUGAAGCAGGAAUUGAUGCAUGUGAAAUCAGAGCCAGCUGAAUCAAGUGCAUCUGAUGAACCUGCCUUACCACAAUUACCUAAACCACAUGCCUCAAGUCAACCUGAGCUUCCAAAGGUCCCCGACUUACUACAGACAGGAGUUGCUACUGAGAUCAAGACAGAGACUCCUUACCCUGUUAAGCAAAGAAAAAAGUCUGCCCUGAGCUUCCUUCUUGAUGAUGACGAAAUACAAAUUUCCAAGGUAGAGCCCCCUCUGUCAAAGCAAGAACUAGUCAACAAAGAAAUUUCAAUAUACAGAGAAGAGGCUAAAUUAGGGUCCAGAUCUAACCCCUUACAGUAUUGGAAGACGAAUGCACUAAAGUUUCCUUUCUUGUCAAGACUUGUGAAAUCUUAUUUGUGCACACAAGGAAGUUCUGUUGCUUCUGAAAGGGUCUUCUCUACUGCAGGUGAUAUUGUUACUGCAACAAGAUCAUGCCUGGAACCUGAACAUGUUGAUCAAUUAAUAUUUUUGAAGAAAAACUUUAACGAAGCCAAAGAUAUGGCUAUCAUUCUUCAUAACAUGUAA